CCGGGAGGGCGGCUCUUCCAGGCAGGCCCGGGGGCCUCCUCCUCACCAGGUGUCUCUCUCCUCUGGCUCUGCACCCCAGAGAUGGUGGCACCCAAGGUCGCAGUGGUUGGGGCGGGAGUCAUUGGCCUGUCCACAGCACUGUGCAUCGCAGAGACCUGCCCCAGCUGCUCCGUGACGGUCCUUUCAGACCAGUUCAGCCCCAACACAACGAGUGACGUCGCAGCUGGGAUGCUCAUCCCUCACACCUACCCAGACACACCAAUCCAUGUCCAGAAGCAGUGGUUCAAAGAGACCUUCACUUACCUUUUUGCCAUCAGCAACUCAGCCGAGGCGUCAGAGGCUGGCAUUCACCUGGUCUCUGGGUGGCAGGUCUUUAAAAACACUCCCAAGGAAGAGUUACCUUUCUGGUCAGACAUCGUCCUAGGAUUUCGACCGAUGUCCGAAGAAGAACUCCGAAAGUUUCCGCAGCACCGGUUUGGUCAGGCCUUUACGACACUGAAAUGUGACUGUCCACCCUACCUGCUGUGGCUGGAGAAAAGGUUGAAAGCAAUUGGAGUCCAGAUGCGCACCAGAAAAGUUGCAGACUUGUGGGAGCUGCACAGCGAAUAUGAUGUUGUCGUCAACUGUGCGGGCAUUGGAGCCCACCAGCUGGUGGGGGACACGGAGCUCUUCCCCGUCAGGGGACAAGUACUCAAGGUUCAUGCUCCUUGGGUGAAAAACUUCAUCCGGGAUGGGGAUGGCUUAACUUACAUCUAUCCAGGGAUACACACGGUAACCCUAGGGGGAACCAGGGAAAAGGGCAGCUGGAAUCUCUCCCCAGAUCCUGGCAUUACGAAAGACAUCUUUGAGAGAUGCUGCUCCCUUGAGCCCUCACUGCGAGGAGCUCAGGAUACCAAGGUGAAGGUGGGCCUGAGGCCAUCCAGGCAGGGUGUGAGACUGCAGAGAGAGGUCUUGAGCCAAGGAGGAGUUAAGCUCCCAGUGGUCCACAACUAUGGGCAGGGGGCAGGUGGCUUUUCAGUGCACAUGGGCACAGCCAAAGAGGCUGCUUGCCUGGUGGGAGAGUGCAUUGCUGCCCUGCAAGGCUCCUCAUCGAGGGCCAAGCUUUGA